UGUAGAAGGGCCAUUCGCCGUCAUAUGGAAAGGGAAGGUGCCUCAUAUGGAAGGGAAGGUGCCGAGAGCCUGAGGCUGAGGAGCCCCUAACCCAAUCUGAACAACGAGGAGAUGAUGAACCGGGACACUUGCUGCUGGUGCCCUGGGCUUGGUCUCCACACACUCCAUUGCUCUUCCUCUCCAGGGCCUAGGGGAGCCCCAUGCCUCUGCAUCCUUAGCAAACACACCCUCCUACUCUUUGGGUAGCAGUGCCCUUUGCCAGGUGAGGGAAGAUUUAGGAUGUGGUGCUGUCCUAACAUCAUCCUGCUCUUUCCGACGGGGAGGGGGCUCUUCAGAUAAUGGUUUCUCUGUCCCCAGUGGUCCUCAAAUGGAGAAGUGGGUGUAGUUUCCCUGAAGAGAUUCUCUCUUACCCCAGCCCGUGGUGGGAAGAGAAUUUCUAGAGUCCAGGACAGCUUAGCUCCCAGAGAUGCAUGCUUGCUGUCUACGGCCCCCGGGGUGACAUCAUCUGUCGGUGGGCGUCAGAAUGCCUUCUUUCCUGCUUCCUGAUGAAGAAACUUUCCUUACAGAGUUCCAAGUCUGAAUCCUGUCUUUAGGGUGCUCUCCCCAAGCCCAGAUCCUUCUCCAAGACCUGAAAGCUUCAGAAACUAGGGGGAAAUUAGGGAGGAAGAAGAAUGAGGGAGGAGCGUUUCCCUUCCCUGAGGGUGCCCGCCUCUGCCCUUGUUUGCUCUGAGAUAGCCAGUCUCUCUCCUGCCCAGCACAAGGUGGCUGCCUUUCCGGCGUUCCAAGAGCCUUACACCCUCCAGACCAACAGACGACAGGACCAGGAGACGGUCGUGGUCAUGGCCUGGGCCCCGGUGGGGACUUUCCUCUGUGGAUCCUUGAUGGGCUUCGUGUGCCUGAGCGUCCCAGGGCUAGCCGUGGAGGUGACUGUGCCCACCGAGCCACUGAGCAUGCCAAAGGGCAAGACAGCGGAGCUGAGCUGCAGUUACAGCACGUCGGUGGGAGACAACUUCGCCUUGGAGUGGAGCUUUGUGCCUCCUGGGAAGCCUGUUUCUGCUUCUCUUCCUAUUCUGUACUUCACCAAUGACCACCUGUACCCCACGGGCUCUAAAGCAGAUCGGGCCAGCCUUCUCCACAACCCCCCGACAGGAGGAGUAGCUACCCUGAAACUGACUGACCUCCGCCCCUCAGACACUGGCACCUACCUCUGCAACGUUAACAACCCACCCGAUUUCUACACCAAUGGGUUGGGGUUAAUCAACCUUACUGUGCUAGUGCCCCCCAGUCACCCUUCAUGCAGCCACAGCGGACAAACCUCCGUGGGGGGUUCUGUUGCACUGAGAUGCAGCUCCUCUGAGGGAGCGCCCAAGCCGGUGUACAACUGGGAACGUCUUGGAUCUUCUCCUACACCUCCUCCUGGUAGCAUGGUUCAAGAUGAAGUGUCUGGCCAGCUCAUUCUCACCAAUCUCUCCCUGACCUCUUCUGGCACCUACCGCUGUGUGGCCAGCAACCAGAUGGGCAGUGCCUCCUGUGAGCUGAACCUCUCAGUGACUGACUCAUCUGAAGGCCGAGUGGCCGGGACUCUGAUUGGGGUGCUCCUGGGUGUGCUGCUGCUGUCCGUCGCUGCAUUCUGCCUGAUCAGGUUCCAGAAAGAGAGGAAAAAGGAGCCCAAGGAGACAUAUGGGGGCAGUGACCUUCGGGAGGAUGCCACUGCUCCUGGGGUUGCUGAGCCAGCUUCUAUGAGGGCCGAUUACAGCAAGAAACUCCUGGAGAAGACUCCAUCCACCAGCACGGUGACGACCAAAUCCAAACUCUCUAUGGUUGUCUGACUUCUGAUCCCUGAGGGUGAUGAUGGGGAGUGUUAAUGAUUAAAGCUGUUGGGUACCAUG